GAACAAUAAAAGAAUUAUAAGACCUUUUAAGAUCACAAUAAACUCAUCAAUCUCAAAUAAACACAGCUAUGGCUGGUAAAAAGAUUCUAGUCAUCAAUCCCAACUCCUCCGAGUCCAUGACAGAUUCCCUCGAUCAACUCAUCAGCAGCCUCGACCACCGAUUGCCUUUCUCGGCCGAGAUCCGCACCUAUACUGCGCCUUCAGGACCACCAAGUAUCAACAACGAGAACGACGCCGAGGCUUCCGCGGGAAUCGUCCUCUCAGAUCUCGAAACAGAACUGUCCCAAUACGAUGCAUUUCUGGUGGCUUGCUAUAGCGUCCAUCCCCUGGUGGGAAUGCUGCGAGAAAAGCUUGCCUCUCACCAGCACGUGACUGGCAUCUUUGAAGCAAGCAUCUCAACUGCGUUGUCUCUGCUACCACUUGGGUUCCGGGAGAAGAGGUCGAUGUUUGGAAUAGUCAGUACGGGAACUCAUUGGGAGAAUGCUCUGUCGGAGGGAGUCACAAUGUUUCUUGGUCUGGACGAGCCGAGAAGUUGUGGGAAGUUUAAAGGUGUCGAGACAACCGGACUGAGUGCAAUCGAGCUUCACACCGCGCCCCCUGAAGAAGUGAGAAGAAAGAUGAUGGAGGCUACGAAGAGGCUGGUGAAGAAGAGAGACGUGAAGGUCAUUUGCCUGGGAUGUGCUGGAAUGGCGGGGUUGGACGGCGUAGUCGAAGAUGCACUUGUGGAAGAACUUGGAGAGGAAGAAGCAAGAAAUGUGCAUGUUCUGGACGGGGUAAGGGCUGGACUGGGAUUGUUGGAAGGAUUACUGAGAGCUUUGCCAGGGAAGGAGAGAUGAUUCCAUUUGAGGCGACUCGGUGAAUGAUUAUAUAUUUUGUGAGAACAAUCAUUGCCCGAUGCGAGAAUUGGGCCAACAUCGAUCGGGUCUCGUUCACCCAUCAGCUCCCGCAAACUCGCUGUCCGCCAUCGCCUCUGCUUGAUCUCGUCCAGGGAGUCGAACCACGGAGUUGGCCACUCAGGGUCUCAGGCCACCUUCCCAUUUAUAUAUUUAUCUUGCUUCUUAAGCCUUCACGUCAGUAAACAUAAUGGCUCCACCGUCAAUCCCAGACAGCGGCCCAACAUUCGCUCUCCCCACCUCUAUAAACCCAAAUCGCCCGUAAAACCUCUCCUUCCCACUCGCUGAAAUCAAAGAAGCACAAACGCCUUCUUUUUU